AGCCAGAAGACAGAUCAAUUCUUGCCCUUCAGUAGAGGCACUGCUAUGUUUGAAGUUGCAGCACCUUGACUGUCUCCCAGAGAAACCUUGAGAAUUUUUGUUCCCUGCCUUGUCACCAUUUCUCUGCUUGAAACUGGCCUUCCACAGGAUUUUAGCCCCAAUGUGGAAAAAGCAGGGGUGAAAGUAAGCUGGUACGGGCCAAGCCAUUAUGAAGUACCAACAUGAAAGUGGCAGAAGUGGUACCUGCCACCAUCUGCUUCAAAUCACCCUGAGAAAAGCCAGUACUGCCCAGAACAGUUUCAAUGACGCCAAAAAGCAUGAGCCUGAGGGAAAGCAGCCACCUCUUCAGCUCCUUUCUGACAGGAUCAAGACCAACUGGACAGAGCACUGACUGAAGAGGUCAGGGGACCUCCUGCUAGACAUUCCCUGAGGUUUUGAAAGUUUGGACUAGAUUCUCCUCUUGCAGGAUCUCAGAAGGUCAUCCAUAACUAAAGACUUCUACACCUUCUCUAUAGGACCUUCCACUGUUAUCUGUAUCUGCAGAGGUUAAAAAGAAGUCACUGAAAAUGCCGCUAUCAGAUAAAGAUCCCAAUGGACUUGACAACCCGAAUUUUAUAACUGAUGAUGGAGGGCAUUACUGUAACUUCACUGAUGCUGAUGUCACAGCUGCAGGCAAUGAAGAAAAGCAGAAUCGUCUUACCAGCAAGCUUGCCUAUUCAGUUACAGACACCCCACCUUGGUACCUCUGUAUCUUCUUGGGAAUUCAGCACUACCUGACAGCGCUUGGAGGUCUUGUUGCCAUUCCGCUCAUCCUCUCCAGAGGGCUUUGCUUGGAGCAUGAUGUUCUGACCCAGAGCCACCUGAUCAGCACCAUCUUCUUUGUCUCAGGGAUCUGUACUCUCCUCCAAGUCAUCUUUGGAGUCAGGCUACCUAUUCUACAAGGAGGGACUUUUGCUUUCUUGACUCCUUCGCUGUCUAUGCUCGCUCUCCCUGACUGGAAAUGCCCUAAAUGGACCCAAAAUGCCACUCAAGUGGAUGCUACUUCACCAGAAUUUAUUGAGGUCUGGCAGAAACGGAUGCGAGAGUUGCAGGGAGCAAUCAUGGUCGCUUCCUGCUUCCAAAUCUUUGUUGGCUUUUCUGGCCUCAUUGGAUUUCUGAUGCGGUUCAUUGGCCCUCUGACAAUCGCCCCGACCAUCUCGCUGGUGGCCCUGCCUCUCUUUGAAUCAGCAGGGGAUGAUGCAGGAUCACACUGGGGCAUAGCAGCCAUAACCAUUUUCUUCAUAGUCCUGUUCUCUCAGUACCUGAAAAAUAUGCCUGUUCCAGUGCCAGUUUACAAGAGAAGUAGGAAAUGCCAGUUCUCCAAGAUGUACCUCUUCCAGAUCUUCCCCGUGCUGCUUGGCCUCUCUAUUACUUGGCUGGUGUGUUUUGCCCUCACAGUCUCCAAUGUUUUCCCUUCGGAUCCUAAAGCUUAUGGCUAUGCAGCUCGGACAGACAGAAAAGGAAAUGUUCUGUCCGAGGCACCUUGGUUUCGAUUUCCUUAUCCAGGUCAAUGGGGAGUUCCCACUAUUAGUGUGGCUGGGGUAUUUGGCAUCAUCGCUGGAGUGAUCUCUUCCAUGGUGGAGUCAGUAGGAGAUUACUAUGCCUGUGCACGUUUGUCUGGUGCUCCACCUCCUCCGAAGCAUGCUAUCAACCGUGGAAUUGGAGUUGAAGGGAUUGGCUGUCUUCUGGCAGGGGCUUGGGGAACAGGGAAUGGCACCACUUCUUACAGUGAAAAUGUUGGUGCAUUAGGGAUCACUCGGGUUGGGAGUCGAAUUGUGAUUGUGGCUGGUGGCUGUGUCAUGCUUUUGACUGGGAUGUUUGGCAAAGUCGGAGCUGUGUUUGCCAGCAUUCCAACUCCUAUCAUUGGAGGGAUGUUCAUUGUGAUGUUUGGAAUCAUCACCGCUGUGGGAGUUUCCAAUCUGCAGUAUGCAGACAUGAACUCUUCAAGAAACCUGUUUGUCUUUGGAUUUUCUAUAUAUGCGGGUCUGACGAUUCCCCACUGGGUAAAGAAUAACCCAGAAAUACUGAAAACAGGAAUUCUGCCACUGGACCAAGUAAUCCAGGUUCUGCUUACUACAGGAAUGUUUGUUGGGGGAUUCCUUGGCUUUUUCCUUGAUAAUACUAUUCCAGGAAGCCAGGAAGAGCGGGGACUCUUGGCAUGGAAAGAGAGUUAUAAGGAGGAGUCCAGUGAUACGCUGUGUACCUCGGAUGUCUAUGAUCUUCCCUUUGGAAUUGGUUCCAAGUUCUGUGCUGCUAAAUGCUUUCAGUACCUCCCAACCUGCCCUAAAUCACCACCAGGACACAGUUCAAAUGAACACGACAGUCAUGUACAAGAGAACAGCAACAAAAUUAAUUCAGAACAGGACAUAGAAAUGAAUGUUGACACAAGGAUAUAAGACCAUUCCAGCAGGCAAAUGUGCACUAUGAAUCUGUUGAAGUGGCACCUUUGUUUUACGUGACCUCAGGUCUUUGGGGCAGUAUGUAAAGCAAGAUGUUGACAAACAUCAUUUCUGCAGGUUGUUCCAAUAAAGUCACUGUGUGAUCUUGA